AUGAGUCGAUCUAAUGUUCAUCUUCUGGAUCUGCCUAAUGAAAUAUUACUGAUCAUUUUGAGAAGAUUAAAUAAUAUUGAUGUUCUUUAUUCAUUAUUGGAUAUUAAUAAUGAACGACUUGGCAUUCUUGCACAAGAAAAGACCUUCACUAAUAUUCUCAAUUUCGUAUAUAUUGAUAAUAUUUCUGUAAUUGAUCGAUUCUGCAUCGAUAUAUUACCAAAAAUUCAUCAUAAUGUCAAAUAUUUUAUUCUUGAACCAAUUUUCAUGGAACGUAUUCUUCUUGCCACUGUCUAUCCAAAUUUAACUGAACUUAAACUCUUCAAUUUCGAACAACAAAUCGCUUUGAAUUUUUUUACAAAUGAAUCAUCACUUCGAUCUGUUUUCCAACAAAUUACAAAUCUUAUUCUUAUUAAUAAUGAUAAGAGCGAAAGUAUAAGUUCAUUGAAAGAUUAUACAAGAAAUGACAAGUUACCUAAUAUGAAAUGUUUUUCAUUAAAAUCUUUCUUUCGAUUUCGACAACUUGAUCAAAUACUAUCUCUUCUUCGUCGUAUGUCUUAUCUGGAAAAUUUAACUUUAUAUCUUCUUAUAGAAGGUCGAAAUAGAAUCGUCGAUGGUACUUGUGUUCAAAAUGAUAUUCUUGUUUAUAUGCCACAACUUCAUUCAUUCACUUUCUAUAUUAGUACUUAUAUUGAUACUCGUGAUUUAUCUCGUAAAGAUAUCCAACAAACAUUGAUAAAUAUCGGACGGCAAAAUGCGACUAGUAUCGUCAAUUAUAUUAGUGUAUACACAGUUGUAUGUUCAAUUGUGUCACUGCCUUUUACAUUUGAUUAUCUUGUAAGUCUUGGCAAUAUAUUUCCAAAUAUUGUAUUCAGUUAUGUUACAUAUUUACAAGUGCAAGAUUUUGAUGCAUUCAGACAUGAAUUCUUCGUUCGAAUCGCUCGAUCGUUUCCAUUACUGAAGUAUUUACGUAUAUUCAAUAUCGAAUCACAGCUAUUAGCUGAUCUUCUUACAUUUUCAUCUGACCAUAGUCAAUCAUAUUCAAUGGUUGAAUAUCCGCAUCUUACGUCACUUGAUGUGGCCUAUAGUCACAAAGAUUAUCUUGAACAAUUUCUAAAUGAAACAAAGGCAUACGUACCUUGUCUAACUGAAUUGACAGUGUGUCAUCGUCAUUUAAAAAUUGUGACAGAGAACUUUACAAGAGAAGCAACAAGACGCAAUUGUACUCAGGUGAAACAAUUAAUUAUUAUUCAACCAUUGGAUCAUUCGGAAGAUCACUCUCAUUAUUUUCCUUCGUUAUAA